AUGGCGCACGGGCGGCAGCGGCUUUGGCGCACGGGCAGUAGCGGCAGUGAGCGCGGUAAUGGCGGCCGCAGUAGCAGCACACGGGCGGCAGCGGCGGUAGCGCACGGGCGGCAGCUGCAGCGGGCGGCGGGAGUAGCGGUAGCGAGCGCACGGGCGGGAGCUGCAGCGGCGGCGGCAGCGGCAGUAACGCACGUGCAGCAGCGGCAGCGGCGCACGGGCGGCAGUGGCGGCGGCACAGCAGCGGCAGCGACAGUGGGCGGUGCGCAAGCAGCAGCGGCAGCAGCGUACGACAGCGGCAGCGGCAGUGGCGUACGGGCGGCUGCGGGUGACGGGCGGGCGGCAGCUGCGACAGCGAGCUGCGGGCCUGCGGGGCCACGGCGGGGUGCGCGCGAGCAGCAGGGGCCGCGCGAAGGGCUGACGGGCCGCGUGCGGGCGACUAGCGGGCCACGCGCGCAACUAGCGGGCCGCGCGCGCAAGAAACAGAGCCGCGCGCGCUAA